AUGAAUCGCAGACCACAGGAUCCUAGCCCAGAAAGCAAUAAUCCGCACUUGGGACCAAGGCAAAACCCGUGCCUGAACCUCGCAGGCUCGGCAAAGGCAAAGGAAAAAGAAAAGAAAAAAAUCCGACAGUUAGGUCCCGAGCCUGGAGGCUCGGAGCGAGGCUCGUGGCCAUGUGGCCUUAGGCUAAGAUAUAUUCAAAAAGGAGUCCUGCAGAAGCAUGGGCAUCGAUCUCGUGAGCUUGAUUUUGAUGCUCGCCGAGCGGAGGAAGCCGCAUUGAGAAGAUAUGAAGCUGCAGCUUGGUUGAGAAAAUUAGUGGGAAUAGUGGGUGCAAAGGAUUUACCGGCUGAGCCUUCGGAGGAAGAAUUUAGGCUUGGAUUAAGGAGUGGAAUAGUUCUAUGCAAUGCACUCAAUAAAAUUCAGCAAGGAGCUGUGCUAAAGGUAGUUGAAAGUCCAUGUGAUUCAGCACUUUUACCAGAUGGGGCUGCAUUGUCAGCAUAUCAGUACUUUGAAAAUGUGAGAAAUUUCCUUGUAGCCAUGGAAGAGAUGGGUAUACCUACUUUUGAGGCCUCUGAUCUCGAGCAGGGAGGAAAAUCUUCAAGGGUAGUGAACUGUGUGUUGGCACUUAAGUCCUAUUAUGAAUGGAGACAGGCAGGAGGAAAUGGGGUCUGGAAAUUUGGCGGCAAUCUGAAACCCUCAACAUCUGGAAAACAGUUUGUUCGCAAAAAUUCGGAGCCAUUCAUGAAUUCUCUUUCUAGGACCGUGUCUGCGAACGAGAAGUCCUUGAAUGGAAUAUGUCCUAACAAAGAUACAAACAGAACGCCUAGUUCUUCCUUGAGCGUGCUUGUUCGAGCAAUUCUAUCAGAUAGAAAGCCGGACGAAGUUCCAAAUCUUGUUGAGUCAUUACUGGGUAAGGUCAUGGAGGAGUUCGAACAUCACAUUUCCAACAAACUUGAUUUGAAAAAGGCUAAUAAUUUAAGAGACUCCAAUAUUUCUAGUGGCAACAAAUCUAUCGAAGGACAUAGUGCUGCAGUUGCAAACAGAGACCAGAUAUCACAAAAGAACCAAAUAUUUGAUAAAGAAUCUGAGGGUAGAUUCAUGAAGCAGCAAACGAUUGUCGACCAACAACAGAAAGACAUUGAGGUGCUCAAGCAAGCACUUUCGACCACAAAAUCGGGCAUGCAGUACAUGCAAUUGAAAUUCCAUGAAGAAGUUAACAAUCUUGGCAUCCAUAUUCAUGGACUAGCUCAUGCUGCUUCCAGUUAUCACAGAGUUCUUGAGGAAAAUCGGAAGCUUUAUAAUAAAGUCCAGGACUUAAAAGGCAACAUAAGGGUGUAUUGCCGUGUCAGACCAUUCUUGUCCGGACAAUUUAAUUGCUUGAGUACAGUGGACCAUAUUGAAGAAGGAACUAUAAUGAUAAACACAUUAGCAAAAAAUGGGAAAGGGCAAAAAUCUUUCAACUUCAACAAAGUGUUUGGCCCUUCUGCCACACAAGAGGAGGUAUUUUCAGACACCCGACCACUAGUAAGAUCGGUCCUUGAUGGUUAUAACGUUUGCAUUUUUGCCUAUGGUCAAACAGGAUCAGGCAAAACGUACACUAUGACUGGGCCAAGGGAUCUCACUGAGCAUAGUCAAGGGGUUAAUUACAGGGCUUUAAGUGAUUUGUUUCUCCUUGCCGAGCAGAGGCAGGACACCUUCUUGUAUGAUGUCUCGGUUCAGAUGAUCGAGAUUUACAAUGAACAAGUCAGGGAUCUUCUCACUACAGAUGGCUUGACCAAAAGAUAUCCUUUCUCAAUCCAUUUCUCCAUAAACUGUUAUUAG